CUCACCAGCAGUUACAUUAUCUGUUAAACAAGCGCACGGAAAGCAUCACAUAAAGCUCUCCCUGGAGCCCUGUACGGUGUUACUGCAGGGGGUAAGGAUUUUUAAUUAACAUUUCAAGGAUGGACUCUAACAAGGUGGCCGAACUUCUCCCUGUAUAACGUUACAUCGCGGGAUAAUGACAAUAGAAAGACCGAGUGAAGCAGAUAUGUGACAACACUUGCCAAGAAGCUUCAGAGCGUUGACAGCUCCAGGUCUGCCCGUGCGAGGGCACCAAGACGGACGAGGAAACCCCGAGGAUCAGGGCCUCCUGUCCGGAUGACACCGGCGAGAGCCAGCCACACCGCUCUCCUUAGCUAGCAUUAGCUUAGCUGACUAAUGUCUUCACUGAAUGAGAAAGAACUAUAAAUGGAUAACUCAAUCCGGACAACUUUAUUUGAGAUGCAUGGGAAGUGUUAAGGAGUUUGCUGUCACCGGAUGGACGGACAACAUCCUCUCUAGGGCUGUGAGUGACUGUGAAAACUGCGAGAGCUUCUCCAGGCAUGAUGGAAGGACUUCACAGCCAGGCUUUAGGUCUGGACCCACGCAGGCAGGAACUGCUUGAGGCUCGCUUCACUGGUCUUGGUGUGGCAAAGAGUUCAGCCAACAGUGAAUCAUCCAACCAGUCACUGUGCAGCGCAGGAUCACUCAGUGACAGGGAGCUAGAGACACCAGAGAAGAAGUCCAAUGACCAGAGAAGAAGGAAGAGAAAAGGAGACGUCUAUGACAACAACAGCCAGGGAAAAGGGAGAGGACAAAAAAUAAGUGACUAUUUUGAGUUUGCCUGUAGCAGCGGCUCUGGCACCAGCCCGGCGCGGGGCGUCCCCCUGCUGGUGCGCUCCUCUCCACAGCACUCACUGUCUAACCCUCUGUUCCAGCAGGGCAGUCCUUCGUCCACAGGCUCGGCCCACACAGACUCUUCAUCGUGCUGCUCAGUGAAGACAGCCCCCUCACGCUCCUUCUCACACAAAGCCAUCCAGUCAGAUCUGACGCUGCUGAAACUGACCGCACUGGAGAAGAACAAGAACUCUGAUCUGGAGAAGAAAGAGGGGAGGAUAGACGACCUGCUGAGGGCUAACUGUGACCUGAGGCGGCAGGUGGACGAGCAGCAGAAGAUGCUGGAGCGCUACAAAGAACGGCUCAACAAGUGUGUGACAAUGAGCAAAAAGCUCAUGAUCGAGAAGUCAAAGCAGGAGAAGAUGGCUUGCAGGGACAAGAGCAUGCAGGACCGUCUGCGUCUGGGCCAUUUCACCACAGUGCGGCACGGAGCCUCCUUCACCGAGCAGUGGACCGAUGGAUUUGCUUUCCAGAACCUCAUCAAGCAGCAGGAGCGAGUGAACUCUCAGCGGGAGGACAUCGAGAGGCAGAGGAAGCUGCUGGGGAAAAGGAAACCUCCCUCCAUGGCUCAGACCCCUCCACCCAGCCUGGAACAGAACAAACGGAAGAGUAGGAAUAACGGCCAGGAGAGUGAAGCGUUGUCACUGGCUGAAUAUCAUGAGCAAGAGGAGAUUUUCAAACUACGAAUUGGCCAUCUAAAAAAGGAAGAAGCGGAGAUCCAGACUGAGCUGGAACAGUUGGAGCGAGUGAGAAACGUGCACAUUCGGGAGCUGAAGAGAAUCCUUAACGAGGACAACUCGCAAUUUAAAGACCAGCCCACGCUGAAUGACCGAUAUCUGCUAUUACAUUUACUUGGAAGAGGUGGCUUUAGUGAAGUAUUCAAGGCUUUCGAUAUGACAGAGCAAAGGUAUGUGGCCAUUAAAGUCCAUCAACUCAACAAGAACUGGAGGGAGGAGAAGAAGCAAAACUACCACAAACACGCCUGUAGAGAAUACAGAAUCCACAAAGAACUUGACCACCCGAGAAUCGUCAAACUCUACGACUAUUUCUCACUCGACACAGGCUCGUUCUGCACAGUGCUGGAGUACUGUGAAGGCAAUGACCUGGACUUCUACUUGAAGCAGAAUAAGCUGAUGCCUGAGAAGGAGGGCCGCUCUGUCGUCAUGCAGAUCGUCAACGCCCUCAAGUACCUCAACCAGAUCCGCCCGCCAAUCAUCCACUACGACCUCAAGCCCGGGAACAUCCUGUUAGUGAAUGGCACAGCCUGUGGAGAGAUCAAGAUCACUGACUUCGGCCUGUCUAAGGUCAUGGAUGAUGACUGCUACAACUCUGCAGAUGGCAUGGAGCUGACGUCUCAGGGAGCCGGGACCUACUGGUACCUGCCUCCUGAGUGCUUUGUCGUGGGGAAGGAGCCCCCCAAAAUAUCCAACAAGGUGGAUGUUUGGUCCCUAGGGGUCAUCUUUUACCAGAGCCUAUACGGACGCAAGCCUUUCGGUCAUAACCAGUCGCAGCAGGAUAUUCUUCAAGAAAACACAAUAUUAAAAGCCACUGAGGUGCAGUUCCCCCCCAAACCUGUGGUGACCACAGAAGCAAAGGCCUUCAUCCGACGUUGCCUGGCUUAUCGCAAGGAGGACCGUGUGGAUGUGCUGCAGUUAGCCAGCGACCCCUUCCUAUUGCCACACAUUAGAAAAGCCCUGGCCAGCAGCGCUCCUCAGGCCCCCCCCCUGCCCUCCACCUCCGGCUGCUACAGCAGCAGUGCCUCCAACUGAAGCAAGCUGAAAAAAACCCAGUGAGGACAAAGCCACACAGAGACGUUACACUCUUGAUGCAUGUCCUCUUUGCUCUCUUGAUUGUGAGAGGGCAAAGAGCAUGAUGGGAUGUAAGAUGUAAAAGUGUAAAUGGAACCAAAAUAAUGGAUGAUGUGGUAGUAAGUUUGCCCACCACCAUCAUACAAGUGCUAAAACUGAAGGGCCAGUCUGUGGCUGUGGGCUCAGUGGAACCCAAAGAUUUGCCUAUAUGCAUGCACUAACAAAAACGUUGGUUCAUUUCAAGGGGUUUUUACACGAUAAAUAGUAAAAGCACCCAGAAAAUUGCACAACUGACAGGCUGUGAAGCUUGGAAAAUUGCCUGUACUCUGGAGGAUUUAGAAGAAAAAUAAUUAUGAAAUGUUAUUCCAUUCUGCUUGAAAUCUAUCAUAAGUGAUCAGCUACAAAUAUAUAUAUCCCUAUAGGUUGGAACCUGGGACUUUAAGGAAUGACUGAGCGAAGUCAAAAGCCUGCCUUAUGGAAAUGACACCAUUAGACGUUCAUCAAUUAAAUGAUACAGGAGAGUGCUGAUUCUGGGAAGAGUAACUGGUUUUGACCUAUUUAAAUAUUUUACUGGAUAACUGGAAGUCAGCUUAUUAUUUUAAUUGAGUCCAUAUUUUUCCAUGAAAGACUAAAUGACCCCCUGUAAUGUUUGUGUUAGGCUUAUAGGGGGGCUGACUGAGUGAGUGUUGUGAUGAGAGUUCAACAGAAAUAAUUAUGAAACCAUUAAAAACACAUUUGGUUAACUC